AUGACCAAUUCCAUUGUCAGCAAGGGCAAGGACAGUUCUGAACGCCCAUUUACACCAUCACUUGCCUUCAAACUACCUGAUCCAAACACCAUUAUGCCCACGCCACCCAUGCCCCUAACUCCCAAGAAACAGAAGCAAAGUUCAGCUACUGUUUUGUCCAGCUAUUGGGAGAAGGUCGAGCAUGGAUCCAUUGACACUCACACGCCUUAUGAACUUCCUGAUAACAAUCGAGAGCUUAGUGAAACAGACAUAAGCCUCAUCAUUCUUUUGGCUCAAGCCAAAGAGUUCAAUGAAGCCGGCUUCUACAACACAUUGGUGAGGCAUACCUACUCACAUGGAUGGCAGCAGCGAGCUGAGGAGCAUCAACAGGUUGAUUGCAUAAAUCAAAUGGUCCCAGCGGAUAAGCAGAGGGAGAGGGAUCUAGUGAAGCAGGCAUUUAAUGCCCAAGUCAUUCAGCUGAAGGCAGAUUUUGAAAGCCGCAUCUCUGCUAUUGCGCUAGAGUUCUCAGGCCGUGGACGCCACUAUUCCAAGCAUCAAAUUCGCAGCCAGAUAAUCUAUAACCUAUUGAAACCAAAGAAGACUCGUAAGCCAAUGCUUCGCAAUGCAUGGGCCCAUGCUGAGGCUGAGGCCUGA